GCGGGAGCUCGAUCCAGAGGCGGUAUCAGGGUGGAGGCAGCGGCUGCGCCUACACGGUGUUGGAUCCCCUCCCUCCUCCAUUCCCCCUCCUCCCCUUCCCCCUCAGCAGUGGUUUCCUACGAGUCCGAGACGUGCGGCCAGGCGGCGACAAGCUCCGGGUGAGGGUCUCCAGAGUGCGAGCGCGGCUUCCUGGGGUCUCACUGUGUAGUCCAGGCUGGCUCAGUAUCACUGUUAUAGUCCAGGCUGGCCUCAAACUCAGGGUGAUCCUCAGCCUUGACCUGCUGAGUGCUGGAGUUACAGAAUCAACUUACUGUCCUGAAAAUCCAUUCUCCCAAGAAGAAGGGACAGGAAGAAAGACCGCUUUGUAAGAAAGACUUGGGUAUCCCAUGAACGAGCUAGCAGAAAACCGAUCGGGGUGCAGCAAGACUCCAGAGCCAGAUAUAAGGCUCAGAAAAGGGCACCAACUUGAUGGUACAAGAGGAGGUGACAAUGACAGCCACCAAGGAGAGUUGGAGCCCAUUUUAGAAGCAUCUGUACAUUCUUCCCAUCAUAAAAAAGGGUCUGAGCAACACAAGAGCAAUGAUGACACUUCUCAGGAAGAUGAGGGGUUCAUGGGCAUGUCCCCCCUCUUACAAGCCCAUCAUGCUAUGGAAAGAAUGGAAGAGUUUGUUUGUAAGGUAUGGGAAGGCCGAUGGCGAGUGAUCCCUCAUGACGUGCUGCCAGACUGGCUCAAGGAUAAUGACUUCCUUUUACAUGGACACCGGCCACCUAUGCCUUCUUUCCGGGCCUGCUUUAAGAGCAUUUUUAGAAUACACACAGAAACAGGCAACAUCUGGACCCAUCUCCUAGGUUGUGUAUUCUUCCUGUGCCUGGGGAUCUUUUAUAUGUUCCGCCCAAAUAUUUCCUUUGUGGCCCCUCUGCAAGAGAAGGUGGUCUUUGGAUUAUUUUUCUUGGGAGCCAUUCUCUGCCUUUCAUUUUCAUGGCUCUUCCACACAGUCUACUGCCACUCAGAAGGAGUGUCCCGGCUCUUCUCUAAACUGGAUUACUCUGGUAUUGCUCUUCUGAUUAUGGGAAGUUUUGUUCCUUGGCUUUAUUAUUCUUUCUACUGUAACCCACAACCCUGCUUCAUUUACUUGAUUGUCAUCUGUGUGCUGGGCAUUGCAGCCAUUAUCGUCUCCCAGUGGGACAUGUUUGCCACCCCUCAGUAUCGAGGAGUAAGAGCAGGAGUGUUUCUGGGCUUGGGCCUGAGUGGAAUCAUCCCCACCUUGCACUAUGUCAUUGCGGAGGGCUUCCUGAAGGCCGCCACCAUUGGGCAGAUUGGCUGGCUGUUGCUCAUGGCCAGCCUGUAUAUCACGGGAGCUGCCCUCUAUGCUGCCCGGAUCCCUGAGCGCUUCUUUCCUGGCAAAUGUGACAUCUGGUUUCACUCUCAUCAGCUGUUUCACAUCUUUGUGGUUGCUGGAGCUUUCGUCCACUUCCACGGCGUCUCAAACCUGCAGGAAUUCCGUUUCAUGAUCGGUGGAGGCUGCACUGAAGAGGAUGCACUGUGAUAUCUACAGGUAGCCAGGGAUUGUGACCCUGAACUGGGCCCGCGGCGGCGGCGGCGGCGGCGGCGGCAGCGGCAGUGAUGGCAGCGGCGGCAGCAGCAGGGACAGCAGCAGCAGGACUCCCUACUGGCCGCUGAUGGCAGUGUCAGAGGAGCCCCAAAACUUUGACAGCCUCAUGGGCUUUGUGGCAGCCCAGGGGCUCCAUAUGGUACACGACUGAGAAGAGAAAAACAAAAAUAAAUCAUACCUCAAAGGAUGGAGUGCAUCACUUUGGAGAAAAGGAGAAGCGACCCCUACCCUGACUUAUUCUUGGGAUCUGUCCAUUGAGGGUUCUGCAAAACCCUUGGCAAACUGUCUUCUGAUCCAUACCGUAUUUAUUUAUAGAAGAUGGAGAACCGUUUAGCUGGUUGUUCUUUUUUUUCUCUCCUAAACAACAGUACAAACCAAUUUAGGUGAACAUUUAUAUCCAUUUAAGGGGCGGGAGUGUGAUUUUUAGAUGUUCUUUUAAGGAGAACAAAGAAAUUAAUGUAAAUAAGAUUUCUAACUUACUGUUUAAAUAAAAAUUUAUAUAAAUGUUUAAAACAUAGGGGUAGGGGAGGGAGACUUUUUGUAUAGAAUGAAACAUGCAAGUACCACACACUGUUUCAAUUUUGCACAAAGUAUGACUGGAGGAAGGUCAGGCGCAGCCCCAGAACGUAGUGUUUGGUGCACCACGGUGCCUUCCAAAGGCUGACACACACACCUUGGUCCCUAGGAUGGCAGAGGCUGUAGUCCCUGUCCAGUGUUCACACGGUGUCUCCGAGCCUUUGGGGAUUCCAGGGCAGAGUUGCAGAGAAGCGGUGCAUGUUUCCUCAGUGGAGUAGGUGAGGGCUGUGGUUAAAGUGUUGUUUCAGAGUGUCUGGUAGGCUUACAGGGACCCUCUCUAAGCUACUUAGUCCUGUCAUUAGUGCUGGAAAAGAGCAGUGGAAACAUGGAGAAACUCUGGGGACUCACCUGAUCACUUCCUGACACUGAUAACUUGGUGGUGGCACAUAUGUGACUAGAGAGGUAGGAACAGUUUUCCAUAUCCUGGCUGUGGAGCUCUGGACCACCCUGUAAAUUUCUACUAAGAAUCACUGCCCUGACUGCCUUCUUCCUUCUGGAACUGAAAAGUGUCUUUCCCUUACAUGGUAGUUCCUGGCACAGCCCAGCCACAGCUGAGAUUCUGACUUGUAUGUGCUCCUCAUAAGGUCACUUUGCCUAUGGUGGAGGGGAGAGCCCAGUCUUUGGACAAGGAAAGAUAAGUGUCACCUCUCGUGCGGUGUCUUGGUCAGCCUUUGACGGCACCUCUGCUCUCCUUGCAGGAUCAAGUCCGAAUUCCCUAGGCCCCAGAGCACCUCGGCCCCAUUGCGCCUCACCGGGCAGGGAUAGCAUGAGAGACUAAAAGGAAACCGGAUGUCACUACUGGCUAGUCUGCUAGGACCCUUAAGUCCGUGGUUUUGAAUUGCUACUAGAAGUGAAAAAUGAUUGCUCUUGUCUUGGGGCCACCUCGUUGAUGUGUCAGGGACAGUGGUGGGAGCAGAAUCUGGCUUGUAGAAUCCUGAUCCUGGCUCCUUGGUGAGCGCCCAGAAUAGCACUGGAGUGUCAGGUUACUGCCUCCCACUUGAGCGGGUUGUGUUACAGUGUUGGGCGAGGCCGGAGGCUUGGUGUCCGCAGAGGAGUGUUAGGGGAGAGGGCAAGUUGUCUGAACGUAGAGUUUUCUGCUCCUCCUGCCCUUCAGAUCUUCAGCCAUAGCGGGGGUGAAGACCUCAAUGUAGAACCUGGGGAGAAUUUAGGGAGUAUUUUGGUUCUGGCUAAGGUCACUGCCAUAGGCAGACCAGACCGAGCAGAAGUGAAGAGCAGUUUUAACCCCUUGAGCAAACAGUCUGGCAGGGCAGUGGCCACAGUGAAGCGGGGGAGCUCUCACUAGUUUCCUGAGAACAACAGCACAUAUCUGAAGCCAGAUUUGCUCUUUGGUCACACUUUGGGGUACAGGGUGUGAGGUGCAGCCCUGUAAUAACACCCACAGAAAUGACAGUCUUUGGGCCCUGUCACCCCACACCCCAAAGCAGGAAGAAUCUGGUUCAACAGCACAAACCCUUAGGGAACAUGAAACCAAUACCACCAGUGUGUAAUCCAGUAAACUCCCCUUCUCCAGUUGUGUGUGUGUGUGUGUGGGUGCGUGUGCCUGUUUCUGUCUGUCUCUCUGCAGCUCACUACAACAGCCUCAAUGUGCACUUGACCUUACGGUGCCGCUGAGAAUCUCACCAGGUUGGUGCCUGAAUGCCUUACUCAGCAGCCGGAGGCGCGCUUGCUCUGUGCAGAUUUUUAAUUUCCUUUUUAGCCCGGCUGGUUAGGACCUCCACAGCUCCAUUCUUCCACCAUUAAAUAGUGGCCUUCUCAGUAUUCUCCCCCUCCCUUGCCCUUUAUAAAUUGCUAAAGCCACAAAGCACAUUUCGGGGAAUCAUAGAAAGCUGGGGUACUAGAACGGCAUCUGUGUGAGAGUUCCAUUCACCAUGGGAUUUCCCUACUUGCUGUAUUCUCGAUUUCUCUAAUAAAAAGAGCCAAAUGGAAUAUGAA